UGUUGUCAAAUGUCUAACUGCUGGCUAAGAGAGCUGUAUCACACUGUGUUUUGAAGUAGACAACACAGCUGUCUAGCUGCAUAGUACUCUCAUGCCGCGGUAGCAGAGCAGAUGUUCCACCUGGGAAGGAAAAGACGUGGAGAUGUACUCUAGCCGUCUGCUUUUCGUGAUUCUCGGUGUACUGCUGAGGAUUUGCUUCGGAGUUUCUGCAAACCGUGGAGGCUCCCAGUUAUUUACCGAUGAAAUCCCAUUCAAAAUCAACUGGCCGGGGGCAGAUUUCAUUCUUCCAACCUCUGGAGCCCUGUACAAAGAAGAUGACUAUGUCAUCAUGACAACUGCAGAGAAAGAAAAAUACAAAUGCCUCUUGCCUUCUUUGUCCAGUGGAGACGAGGAUGAGGAGAAAGAGUACCACGGGCCCAGUCCAGACAUGCUACUUGAGCCAUUAUUCAAACAGAGCAGCUGCUCCUACAGAAUUGAGUCCUAUUGGACAUAUGAAGUGUGUCAUGGGAAGCACGUAAGACAGUAUCAUGAGGAGAAGGAGACAGGACAGAAGAUCAGCAUCCAAGAGUAUUACCUUGGAAACAUGUUUCAAAAGAGCAAUGACCCAUUGAAAGAGUCAGAUGCUGAGAAGGGGGAAGAUUUGGAAUCUGAUGCAUCACAGACUACUAAAGAAGUGCCCACAAAAAAUAUUGAGGGCCAGUUGACACCCUAUUACCCAGUGGAGAUGGGGAACGGGACGCCGUGUAUUCUGAAGCAGAACCAGCCCCGUGCCACCACUGUGCUUUAUGUGUGUCAUCCAGAGGCCAAACACGAAAUCCUCUCCAUCGCUGAGGUCACCACCUGCGAGUAUGAGGUGGUGGUGCUGACGCCACUGCUGUGUGCACAUCCCAAAUACAGGUUUAAAACCUCUCCAGUGAAUGCUAUCUUCUGCCAGGCACUCAGUGGUUCACCCCUGAGGCCUCAGAGCCUAGCCCGGCUGGACCGGGAGCAGGAAGAGCUUCUUAAACCACCCUUCAGCUCAGCCUCAGACAAGGAGGAGGAUGUGUCACCAGUGAGGGAGGAGGCGUUUACCAGUACCCAUAAACCAAUGACAGUUGGUGGGCAAGCUCAAGUCGCAGUUGGCACCACACACAUUUCCCGUUUGACUGACGAACAGUUGAUCAAGGAGUUUCUCAGCGGCUCAUAUUGUCUGCACGGGGGGGUGGGUUGGUGGAAGUAUGAGUUCUGUUAUGGGAAACACGUCCAUCAGUACCAUGAGGACAGAGAACAGGGGAAGAAUAUAGUGGUUGUGGGAAACUGGAACCAGGAGGAGCAUCUGGAGUGGGCUAAGAAGAAUGUAGCACGUUCAUAUCAGCUGAAGGAAGAUGGUGUACAGAAAGUAAAGGUUGUGUCCCACUUUUAUGGCCAUGGAGACGUGUGUGACCUCACAGGGAGGCCAAGACAGGUUAUUGUGAAGCUCAAAUGCAAGGAGUCUGAGUCCCCACAUGCUGUAACUGUUUACAUGUUGGAACCCCAGACGUGCCAAUACAUGCUAGGGGUUGAGUCUCCGGUGAUUUGUAAGAUCCUAGACACAGCCGAUGAGAACGGCCUUCUGUCUGUUCCAAGCUAAUGUGACAGGACGGACAGAAAAGCAAAGGAACGAGAAAACGUUGGCAAAUGGUGGACAGGAGGAGGGAGAUGAAGGAGUUGUAUUAACGGACAAACAUAUGGUCAGAGGAUGACAAGGAUCUGGAUUAAGACAGAGAAAAGGAGGUGUUGACCACACAAAACCAGUCUUAGUUGAACCCAGGACUUCUAGCCCUCUGUGAAGAUGGAGAACUCACUCAUAGACUGAGCUUCAUUUGCACUCAUUGAGAAGCUGAGCUCAGACAGACACAUCCCAAAAAAACAGUAAAGAGUUUCAGUUCUGAAAGUUAUUUAACAGGAUCUUUCACUGUCAGAACUGCUGGAGAGAAGUUAGUAGAGUCUCUAUUUUUUCUUUCUCUUAGUUACGGCACAUUAUGCUUGUUUUUUUUUUGGGUUUUUUUUGGCCGUAAACCAGUGAGGGACAAGGAACAAAUGUAAAAGUUCAUGGAAUUACCUGUUAAUCCAUAAGGGGAAUACAUUGCAGGCUGUUUCUAUUUUUAAUUGUUCAAUAUUUAUUUCGCAAAAUUUUUCUCUGCUAUUUUUUUCUCUGGCAUCAAUGUUUUUGCACUUUGAAGGUCUUAAACAUUUAGAUGAAGACUAAAUUCAAGGAGUGAUAAAAACAGAAGUGUGUUUAAAAUGUUAGUUAAGCUGUUUUACAGUACACAAGAGAAUGAUUAUGACUGAUUUUACUUGUACAGCAAACGAAAUCCAGGGAAUUUGGCAUGGGUUUGAUUUUUAUAUCAGGUAUAGCUCUUUACAGGCUUCCAUUCUGAUUUGACCACUCACUUUAGCUGCAGUGGUGCUAACACUGGGGUUGUUAUGUUCCCACUGCUGGGUUACACACUGGUAAUCAGUUCUUACACAUGCUGAGUUGAAUAAAGUGUAUAAUUGAUUGCCAUGUUGUUUGGGUUACAAGGACAUAUGACAAAUGUCAUUCACAC